AUGGCGGAAGAAUAUUAUUUGCAAGAACCCCGUAAGCAGAGAUUCUACAAAAUUCUUGCUACAGUAAUGCAUUACUUGGCCCUAGGGGACAAAACGUGGUGGGGGUACAGUAAACCAAACAAGUUUUUUGUAUUCCAUAACUAUAUUGUACUGUCAUUUUCUCCUGCGUUAUUAUUUACACAACUUAUGUAUCUGUACGUUAAUUUUGAUGAUCUUACAUUUGAUACGCUUGGCAUUAUUUUGUCGAUUGUUCCUGUGGCGUGUUUGGCAAAUGUUAAUGUGUAUUCAGCAAGACUUACAUCUUAUAAAACAAUAAUGAAGGAAUUCAUGUCCAAGAUUCACCUCAUCAAUGAAUAUAAAAAUAACGACGAGUAUAUCAAAAAGAAAGUAAUCGAAGUAGAACGCAUCACGCGCUGGACGGCGUACUACCUAAUGUUCUUCUUUUCCAUGAACUGGGUCGCUUGGAUCUGGAUUCCCAUCGUCAACAACAUCAAUAACAAGGACCUGAUACAGAAUCGCACCAUGAGACUACAAACCUGCGUAUAUAUGUGGUUUCCCUUCGACUACGGUUUCAAUUACAGGAAUUGGCUCUGCGUGCACAGCAUUAAUAUUUACGUUGACGCUUGUGGUGUGACUGUUAUGAUGAUAUUCCAUAUCAUUAACUAUACGUUCAUGUUCCACUUGAUUGGUCACAUCCAAAUCUUGAAAUACAAGCUUGAAACGGAGUUUAAUGAGCGUUUAACCGACAGGGAAGCUAAGGACAAACUAGUGGCGGUUAUAAAGCAUCACGCUUUUAUCACACGAAUAUUUAGCAAUGUACAAUCUGCGUUUGGAAUAAAUGUAACCACAAAUUAUUUACAUAAUUUAGUUGGUGAUAGCCUCAUUAUGUACCAGAUAAUGUAUGGGGGAAAGCAAAAUAUAAUACUGUACAUGGUAAUGGUUACUGUGUACAUCGGAAAUUUGAUAAUGAUGUCUUUUGUGCUCGAAGAAAUGAGGAGACAGACUGAAGACCUCGCUGAUGUCGUAUAUAGUAUGCCAUGGGAAAAUAUGUCUGUAUCCAAUCAAAAAACGUUCAUACUUCUCUUACAAAGAGUUCAACCAGCUUUAGAGUUUGUGGCUAUGGGUGGUCUUAGAGCUGGUGUGAGACCUAUGAUAUCGAUAAUAAAAACUACGUUCUCAUAUUACGUAAUGUUGGAGACGAGCAUGGCUGGCAAAUCGUAAAACAGCUUCGGGCGCUUAAUAAAAUUAACAUUUUUAACAUUUUUUGAAGAAUUCCUAGUUUAUUACAA